AUGUAUGGGCCUGGUGGUGGGAAUGCGGUGGCACAUGGUGCUGCUGGUGCGAGUGCGGUGGGACAUGGUGCUGCUAGUGCGGGAGCAGUGGCACAUGGACCCACCAAUUCGACAGCAGCACUGCAUGUGACUGCUCCGUCUCGUGUGCGGGUUACUUGCUCGAGCUACGCUGGACAGCAGAUUGAGGGGGAGUUGCAGGAGACAGAAGGCGGUCGACUUGUGAUUCGCUGCGACUGCCAUGCCGCGCAAAUGUCGCUCACUCGCUUCACACAGCACGCAGGGAGGGAGGACCGCAACCCUGGAACGACGAUAUUUGUGGAAGGCAAGACACUGGCGCACCAACCCUCCAGUCGCCUCAAAACUUCCCCACUCCACUGCGAAUGCCACCUCCCUCUCCUUUCCCUCCGCCUCACCCGGCCUCUCCCGCCCUGCUUUCUCCAUGCCACUCGCAUCCUCUUACACCCUCCUUUCACCCUCACCACACAGACCACUGCCUGCAAUCGCCCGACGUGA